AUGGAUAAUAUGGAUAAUAGCGAUAUGAAUUGCGAUAUUCGUAUCAUAAAUUCCAUGAUAAAUUCCUUAACAAAGCAGUUUCUCUGCUGUACUGCAUUAAUUAAACUGGACUUUAUAGUAUUGGAGGAAUACAAAACUUAUGUGUGUGAUCUCAAAUUAGAUAUUCAAAAACAAAUUUUGGAUAAUACGAUAAAUAACGACUUAAUUAAACAAUAUCCGAUAAAAACCUCAUAUCAGAAAGCAUUUUUAAAAUUACUUAUGCAAAAGAUAGAAGAAAGCGGUAAUGAAAUUCAUGAUGAUUUAUACGCAGCAUAUUGUAGAUUAAUAUCAUUGCCAGAUGAAGAAUCUGUACAUUAUCGUCAUUUUUUAAUACAAAAUGGAACAUUAAGUUGCAUUACGUUAAAAGAAAGCACGAAUUUGAUCUCUAAAGGAACUACGGGCUUAUGUAGCUGGCAGGGUGCUAUAGUAUUGAGUCAAUGGUGUACAGAAAACAAAGAACAAUUUUGUGGAAAAAAUAUAUUAGAACUUGGCUGUGGAGUUGGAUUGACUGGUAUGAGCGUAAUUAGCGUAUGUUCUCCAAAACAAUAUAUUUUCUCCGAUUGUCAUCCAACAGUAUUAGACAUGCUCUGUGAGAAUAUAAAACUCAAUUUCCUAUCGAAUAAACAAAGCGAACUAUUGAAUACAUCUGAUACAACAUCAAAACUACAGUUACAAUUAAAAUACGAGCAAACCAAUGUUCAUGUAAUAGAUUUGAAAUGGGAGGAUAUCGAUAAACACAUGUCAGAAUAUUUGUUGCAACCCGACAUAAUUAUUGCCGCCGAUAUUCUGUAUGACAGCAACUCGUUUACUGCAUUGACAUUAGGAUUAAAAUGCCUUUUAGCAUCAAACAACUAUGCUAUUUUUGCUGCAACAAUUCGUAAUAAAGACACUGUUUCACAGUUUCUGGAACAUUUAGGAAAUUAUGAUCUUGCUUUUGAAGAAUGUAGUUUGCCACAAUGGGCUAUGUCGAUAGAAUUGAUUCACGCGCCUGUUCGGAUAUUGAAGAUUUUUCAGAAGAUUUGACGAAAGUUUUACUGUGAUAUUGCUAAUUCACCUAUAAUUAGAUAAGUAAUUUAUUUAAUUACAAAUAAUACAAUUAGAAAGAAAUCAGGAGCAAUUAAACAGGCGAUUUUAUUAAUAACCUUAGCAUAAAUUCCUAUGUAUAUAA